AUGGACCUGCCUUGGGGGUUAAGAAUUCCAUCAGGCCCUGCUCAGGAGCCAAGCUGUGUGACCACCCCAGCCUCAGUCAGCAGCUGGACCAGCUCCCAGGCCAGCGUCUCCAGUCUGGAUAAACUUCCUCCCAGCAGCCCCAAGGCAGCCAGGACUCAGACUGCUGCCUGGGUCCCCUUCCCCACCGUCGAUGUUCCGGACCACGUCCACUACACCCUGGGCACGGUGAUCCUAUUAGUGGGGCUCACUGGGAUGCUGGGCAAUCUGAUCGUCAUCUACACCUUCUGCAGGAGCAGAGGCCUCCGGACACCUGCCAACAUGUUCAUUAUCAACCUUGCUGUCAGUGACUUCCUCAUGUCCUUCACCCAGGCCCCCGUCUUCUUCACCAGCAGCCUCUAUAAGCGGUGGCUCUUUGGGGAGGCAGGCUGCGAGUUCUAUGCCUUCUGCGGGGCUCUCUUUGGCAUCACCUCCAUGAUUACCCUUACUGUCAUUGCCCUGGACCGCUACCUGGUGAUCACACGCCCACUGGCCACCGUCGGUGUGGUAUCCAAGAGGCGGGCGGUACUUGUCCUGCUGGGCGUCUGGCUCUAUGCCCUGGGCUGGAGUCUGCCACCCUUCUUUGGCUGGAGUGCCUAUGUUCCCGACGGGCUACUGACAUCCUGCUCCUGGGACUACAUGAGCUUCACGCCCUCGGUCCGCGCCUAUACCAUGCUUCUCUUCUGCUCUGUGUUCUUCCUCCCCCUGCUUGUCAUCAUCUACUGCUACAUCUUCAUCUUUAGAGCCAUCCGGGAGACAGGCCGGUCUCUCCAGACCUUCGAAGCCUAUGAGGGUUCAAGCGAAUCCUCAAGACAGAGGCAGCAGCUGCAGAGUGAGUGGAAGAUGGCCAAGAUUGCAUUGCUGAUCAUCUCGCUCUAUGUGCUCUCCUGGGCCCCCUACUCCACUGUGGUCCUGGUGGCCUUUGCAGGGUACGCACAUGUCCUGACACCCUACAUGAAUUCCGUGCCAGCUGUCAUUGCCAAGGCCUCUGCCAUCCACAAUCCCAUCAUUUACGCCAUCACCCAUCCCAAGUACAGAAUGGCCAUCGCCCAACACCUACCCUGCCUGGGGACGCUGCUGGGUGUGUCAGGCCAGCACGCCCACCCUUACACCAGCUGCCGCUCCACUCGCCAUUCCACCCUGAGCAGCCAGGCCUCUUACCUCAGCUGGAUCUCCCGACACAGACGCCAGGCAUCCUUGAGUUCUGAGAGUGACAGGGGCUGGACAGACACAGAGGCAGCAGCUGCAGGUGGAAGUGUCCAGCAAGUGAGCAGGUUCCCCUGCCAUCAGGAGCUAGAGAACAUGGAAGACAACACCCCUCCCAGGCCCCAAAGAUGGGAAACAGAGACUCCCAGGAAGACCAAGGAGCUGCCACCCAGCCUGGACUAG